AUGUGCUGGACACUCCUACCACAGUCCCUCUGCAUGCACUGCGGCACCCACGUCAACUUCGCAAACCUCCAAGACCCCUGCGACCUCGUCAUUUCUGAGUCUUUACCGUUCGGCGCUUGUGGCGACGAGAGCUAUCGCGUCGUGCUCGGUCCGGAAGACGCGGCGUGUGACAUCUGCCUUAUUCCGGAAGACUACUUCGAUAACAUCUUCAACGAUCAGGAUAAUACCGAGUACUCACCGGCUGUUCAGACUGAAUCAUACCCAGGACCGACGAGCUUCGGAGGUGCUCGCGGCAGUAGAGUUGCAACACCCUUCGCUCGCGGCAGCUCAUUUCGCGGCCAAAGGCAACGAUAUAACGGCUCGAGGCAUAACCCAAAACUAUCAGCCACGAUGGCAUCACCCUUCCAACCCCAGAACGUCACCCCCGCCAACCCGGGCCAAGUGAACCUUCCUCGAGGACGACCUCAGACCAGGAUUCCCCCCCAGGGCCAACGGCGAUCCCAAACACCCUACCCACCGACCUUCAUCUCAGACUCCGAUCCCUCACACUCCUCCUCGCCCCGAUCCAACACCGGCGGCGCCCGCCUCUCCUCCUCCUCCAACUACACAUCCAGCGACGAACACAGCAGCAGCCUCAACAGCUCAACCCCCCCAACUCAUCCGCGCCUCACCCUCCCCGGCGCCAACUCCCCCUUCGGCUUCGGCUACACCCCCGCCCUUCGAGUCCCCAACCCAUCCCCGGCGACCACCUCCUUCCUCUCCGCCUACCUCAACCCCCCGACCCAACACCACCUCCCGCCCCUCCCCUCCGCCGAGGCCACCGACGAGGCCUGGGUCCCCGCGGAAUGGUCCCCCGCCGUAGCCAUGCCGUCCGGCCUCGCCCACGAACUCGACUACACCACCGCGGACUGCGUCUUCCGCCGGCACCGCGUGUACUUCAUCGCGGGGCUGGACGGGACGCUGCGCGACGGCACCGUCAUCGUGGUGAAGCCCGACGGCCACGAGGCCCACGUCGUCGAGUACGAGCUGUACGAGAGGACCUCGGCGGCGGUCAACCGGCGCGAGGACGAGCGGGCGAGGUGGGCGUGCGAGAAGGCGAGGCAGGAGCGGAUCACGGAGGAGAGCGGGAGGAGGAGGAGGGGCGUUUGUAUUUAUCACCCGUGUCGCGUGGCGGGGUGCCGGAGGUGGCACGAGGAGGGGCAGCAUCGGCCGCUCACGCCGGGGAGUAUGGGGGCGUUUUUGCGGGCGAAUCGGAGGGUCGAGGAGGAGCAUCGGGGAAAGGAACGGGGGACGGGGGUGAGGUUUGAUGGCGAUGAUGUCUUUGGGGGUGGGGAGGAAAAGGAUGGCGAGCAGCUUCGUGGAGCUGGUCCGUCGCGCAUCGUUCGGACUCCGUCUCCACGGACUCAACCACCGAAUACGCAAGACGAUGAGACGCCCUCGACGAUUCACCUCAGCGCCGGACACAACCACAACCCCACACGGGCACCGGUGCGGCUCGUCGAGAGGGACGGGGAGGUGCGGAGGAGGCCGAUGAGGGACCCCGCCGCGAUCCUGACGGGCUCGCCCCCGCCGGCGCCGCGUCCCCGCCGGUUCGCUGCCGCUCGUCCGAGCUCAUCUCCGUCUGGGCAGACAACGGAGCAGGGAAGUAAGCCGUACGAGGCCGAGCCUGAGGAUGACCGCAAUGCGAUGAAGCUUUUGGAUGACGGGCUUGAUUUGGCUGACUUGCGUAUCGGGGAAGACGGCGAGGCUGAGUUGCGGCUGGAGAACGAUGAAGAGGAGACUUACUGA